GUUAUCAGAAGCUGAAUACAAGCAGUUGGUGGGAAAUUUAGAAGAGAUUAUUGCAACACACACAAAUUUGGUCACUUGCCUUGAGGAGCAGAGUGAGAGGCCUUCAAGAGACCAGCGCAUUGGAGGAGCCUUCCUUACCAUGGCUCCACAGCUGCAAGGGGUGCACAAGACAUACUGCACCAACCAUCCACGUGCUGUUUGCAUACUCGAAAAAUACAAAGAUGAACUAAACAGUUUUAUGGAAUGUCAAGGUGCAUUCAAGCCAGGAAUCAUGGUAUUGACAACUGCACUGAGUAAGCCCUUCAGACGGUUAGACAAGUAUGCUGGGAUGCUGCAGGAGUAUGAACGGCACCUAGACGAAGGGCAUCCUGAUAGAGGAGACACCCAGAGAUCAUCCCAUGUUUACAAGGAGUUGGCGUCCACUUGUGGGGCUAUUAGACGGCAGAAGGAGCUGGAGCUGGAAGUGGUCACUGGGAGGGUCCACGGAUGGGAGGGUGGCGACUCCCUAGGGACUCUAGGGGAAGUAGUAAGGAUGGGGUCGGUUGCUCUCCUGCCAGACCACCGUGAUCGAUACUUAGUGCUGUUUCCAGCAACACUUGUUAUGUUGUCUGUCUCACCGAGAAUGAGUGCCUUUAUCUUUGAGGGAAAUUAUCCAUUAAGCAGUAUCCAAGUCACCAAACUGGAAGAUGGAGAGCAUUACAAAAAUGCCUUUGAGGUCUCAGGUCCAAUAGCAGACCGGAUUGUUGCUGUCUGCCAGACCAAGGAAGACCAACACCUCUGGGUUGAUACCCUCACCCAACAGUGCCGUAUGGCUAGAGCCUCCAACUUCACCCCUCACAAAUCCUCGCUAACCUCUCCCCCUGUACCCCCAGCUCAUAGCACAUCCUUAGUGCCACGUCAGUCCAGUGUGACUAGCAUCACAAGUAACACCGAAUCACCUUCAAGGAUGCAGCGCUGUGCAGGGGGAAAGGUUUGGAGCAUGUCUUGUCUUCGGCCAUCUCCACCCUUACGUCCUGGACUUUCACCUCGUGAUGACAAAAGAAGCCAACGGCAUACAAAACGGAAAGAUGACAAGUGGCAUGAAGAUGAUGCAUUAAUUCUACGAGUUAUAGAAGCUUAUUGUACCAGUGCCAAAACCCGCUAUACAGUUAACUCAACUUUGCUGGAUAGUCCUCAGGUCUUGAUAGCCGAGGAAGAAAAGAUUAUCGUUGAAGAGACUCAUGGUAACCAGGUUGUUAUGGAGGAAAAGAGCCUUGUUGACACAGUAUAUGCUCUGAAGGAUCAAGUAGCAGCUCUCUUGCGUGAUUAUCAGGCUCUGAAGAAGGCCUUUGAGCUGGAACAACAGUCUUCAAGAAACCUCCGGAACAUCUUGAAACAACAUGUCCUUCUAGGCAGAGAUGAUAUUAAGUGGGAUAUUGAAGCUUGAUUAUUAUUUUCCUAUAUUGUAUUUAGGAUCACAAAGAUUAUUUUGCUGAUUAUUACUGUUUAGUUGUUUUUUAUGUCAUAUUUAUGUGGGUAAUUCUGUCA